GCUCUUGCUACUGCUACUGCCACUUCCUGUUAGCUACCGCCGCUCCUUCGUGUCAUACCACAUUGGGACUUAUUCUUAUAUAUAGUUCGCCCGGUGUUUAUUUAAACAAAAACACAAACAUGGCAGACGCCAUUCAAAAGAAGAUAAAAGCGGAAAUAGAAAUAUAUACUCAGAUGCAGAAAGAUGUUAGCAAGAGCGUGUCCGCCAGACAGAAGCUGGAGGCGCAGCUAACGGAGAACAACUUUGUCAAAGAGGAGCUGGACCUGCUGAACAGCACAAACACAGUUUAUAAACUAAUUGGUCCUGUAUUAGUGGUACAAGAUCAGGACGAGGCCAAAGCCACAGUCGCAAAAAGGCUGGAGUAUAUAAAAGGAGAAAUUCAAAGGUAUGAGGCGCUCCUGAAAGACAUGGAGAAGAAAUCUGACCAGCACCGAGAAGUCCUGUCCAGUUUACAGCAGGACUAUCAGAAAGCUCAAGGCCUCGCUGUGGGCAAAGCCUGACCGAGUGGAGAAGCUGCACGCUCACACACACAUACACUGUACAGUGUAUAGUGUCGGUAGACUUGAUCCAAAUUGAAAUGAUCGCACGUUGCAUCCUCCUUAGAAUUUGUUGAUUUCUUUGUGCAGAGCCACGCCCAUGACAGCCAUGCCCCCCAUUCAUUCAGUCAUGCAAUGUAAAAAGUACUACAUGAGUUAAUUCUGCUUGUAUCCCGUCUUUUACUGUGACUAUUCUCUUGUUUGCUAAUAAACAUGUUUUUCAUUGAAGGUCA